CACAGUCGUUCAGAGCGAAAGUCUCGUUUCCACACACCUCAGCACACAAGGGGGUCAUUUCGACGUCGCUGCAGGACAUUUUACGCAUGGGUUUGAAGACUAAAACACUCAAAGUAACCAGAUUUAGCGACGACCCUGAGUUUGCUCGUGUCGUGGAGGUAGAGUUCUUUAAUUCGUCUUCCGCCGGUGAGUGAGAAGUUCCACGAUUGGAUCGCCCGAGCGCCGCGUAAAAGCGGCGGAGAGACAGAACACGCGCCGCCGACCCGUGUACGCCUCUCGAGGGUCGAUGGGAGGCAAAGAGCCAAUGUGAGCCGGGGCAUGGUGGCCAGGGCUAGCACGCUGGACAGUUCCUGGAAGUCGCCGAGGACGAGGGCUCUCCGGAGUGAUGCGUUCUUGGAUGAGACUUGAACGCGCGGCGAUGGCUACUCUUUGCGUUGUUGGCCACUUCCAGUGAGAUAUGGACUUUGCAGAAAUCAUCUUCUCUUUGUUCAUCGUCGUGGUUGCCGUCGUGUCGCUGCUGUCCAACUUGCUGGUGCUGUUAUGUUUCGUCCACAGCAGCGAGAUACGCAGGCAGGUACCUGGCGUGUUUACCAUGAACCUGUCGUUCUGCAACAUUCUCAUCACCGUCCUCAACAUGCCAGCCACAUUUGUGGGGAUCGUUCGGAACCAGCAGCCGUUCGGGGACUGUCUGUGCCACAUACUGAGCUUUCUGGAGACUUUCCUGACCGCCAACACCAUGUUGAGCAUGGCGGCGCUCAGCAUCGACCGCUGGAUCGCGGUGGUCUUCCCGCUCAGUUACUCCACCAAGAUGCGCUACAAGGACGCGGUGGUGAUGGUGGGCUACUCCUGGCUGCACUCGUUCACCUUCUCCCUGACCGCUCUCCUCUUCUCCUGGCUGGACUACAGCCACGUCUACGCCUCGUGCACCUUACAGCCGCGCAGCCACGGAGGCGCAGACUGGCUCCAAUUCACCAUCUUCACCGUGGUUUUCCACGCCACCAGCUUCAUACUCUCUCUGCUCAUUCUGUGUUUCACCUACUUAAAAGUGCUGAAGGUGGCUAGAUUUCACUGCAAGAGAAUCGACAUCAUCACCAUGCAAACUCUCUUCCUGCUUGUGGACAUUCACCCAAGUGUGAAGCAAAGAUGUUUAGCGGAGCAAAAGAGGAGGAAGCAGAGAGCCACCAAGAAGAUCAGCAUCUUCAUCGGCUCAUUCGUUAUCUGCUUUGCUCCCUAUGUAAUUACACGGUUGGCUGAGCUCCUUCCCUUUGUGGACGUGGACCGCCACUGGGGCAUUAUCAGUAAGUGCCUGACGUACAGCAAAGCGGCAUCUGACCCCUUUGCCUACUCGCUCUUACGUAAGCAGUACAAGAAAGUCAUGGUUACAGUCGUCAACCGCCUGCUCCGCCGCGACCUGUAUCCCUCGUCUGGUCACAACAGUUCCAUGGAUACAGAGAAUGACUACUGUCUCCAGAGGAUCAGCUAGUGUUUGAGGAGUGGACAUGACGGACUCUUGCUCAAUAUCAAAGUGUGGAGGGACGGUAAAACCUGAGGAUUUUAUUGACAUACAAUAAAAUAAGCAGGAGGAAUUCAUUUGGAGCAUUUAAGGGGAGACGUAUCUGAGACUGUGACAGCAGCUCAUUCAUCAGUGACAGCCCACAAAGAGUCCCUGGUUCUCCUAUAGAUUGCUUGAAUUGCUGUGAACCACCGAGUCUUUGGUUAAUGUUCAGCUCCAGGACCACAGCUCCGAUUGCAUCGGUUAUGCUUUCACGUCUCAGAUUGGUACUUAAAAGGCCUUUUGUACUGAACCAGUCUCUUCAGAACGAUUGUGAAACUCCCCAGGCUGACCUUUCCGCGUCCACAAUGGUUGGCUGGGGGUCGAUACCCUCUGAGUGAAAGGCACCAAAGUCUCUGCCUGAUCCCCAGGUCUGUCUUAGCAAGCGCCAUCCUCGCCACUGCACAUGCUAUGUUAUGUAUUGUAUUAUGUGGUUGUGUUUCACAACUGUGUGGUGUUAUGACACACUAUUGAUGCAAAUUGUUUUCCAGAGUGAUGAUUCACAGCAGCCAAAAGAAAAACACACUUAUCUGCAGAUAUUCUAUUCUCUUAAAGAAUGAGAAAACCAAUACCAGACCUAUGAACAAACACACUAGAAAACACAAUAUGGAAUGAAUCCUGCUGGCAUUACCUAUUAUGACCUCAUAAUAUAUCGUAGUACAAUACAUCACAACGACAACCCAAACUUGAAACCAGUGUAACUCAACUCGGCCAUGUAAACUGUAGCCCGACGGUGUGUAAUGUAACAAGACAGCUUAGCUCCAUGUUACGGUGGCUAUUGUUGCACAGGCAUUGGUAAAGAGCCUGGUGUAAGCCAAACUGUGUUGUGUAAUCCACUGAAGCAUGGUCUGUCUCAACAAAGUGAAUUCUUGUGUGUAGAAUUAUCAUGCUCAUCCCACUAUACACUGUUGCACUGUCAUUACUCACAAGCCAGGAAGUAGUAACGUGUGCAAGCACAACAAUACACAACUGGACACAUGCCACGCCAUGCAGGUUAGACCCAUGAACCAGUGCAACAUGACAUGAGAGAAACAUGGCACGGCAUGUAUACAUAAAAUAGUGUAACAACAAGCUAUAACUCACCAAAACUGUUGAGUAUUGAACCUGGUUUUUAAGAGGAACAAUGCCAGUUCCACCCUGGCUGUGGAAUUACGGACUCUUUCAAAAAGUUUCUGGAGGUUGCCUGGCAGCAUGACAACGCAAUGUUAUACACUCCAACAAUAUUUAACACAAAACAACCUGAUGUUUCAUCACAAAUCACCAUAUAAUGAGACACAACAUGACCUUUCACAUAAUAGUAUCACACUAUGUAAAGACACUGCCACGGUACUCAAUAAAACAAUGCACAAUGCAAUGCCACACAAGAUUGUGUACACAUAGUCUGAUGUUUCUGGUCUCUCUGAAGCAACGUUCCACUGAAAGGUAAAAAACAGAAAAGCAUCCAAACGUUGUGGUAGUGGAGCCUUUUCACAACCCCAUAUCAUUCAAGCCAGCACAGUGCAAUGUAGUGAAACCCAAUCUAAAACAAUCCAACACUAUGUGACAUACACCGAGUAGUGUAGAUUGACACAACAUAACACCGAUGCUGUAUGUAAAGUACAUUACACAUUAUUAUUAUUGUGUGGCACAAUCAUACAUAAUGUUUGAAUUGUCAGUGUCACAGAAUGUCUUGAGGAAGUCAAUACAAUGCAGGGUUUCAGACAACAAAGCAAAGUUUUAGAAACGGCAUAUCACACAAACCCAUGUGACACUUACUGCUCUGCUAUAAAGGCAGAUGCAGAGCGACAACACUGCAGCAUAAACACAGAGGCGAAACUUCCACUCCACAUAAGAGGCCGACACACUCUCUGAAGAGUGUGAUCACAUAAUCGCAACAUUUUGCUGACUUUUGCUGACUUUGAACAUUCCAGCAGUCGUGUUUAAACAUGACUCCUAAUUCACUGAUACGAUCAGUUCAAUAUAUCUGCUGACAAUCUGAGCGCGGGGAAUGUUACUGGAUGUGAGAUGGUAAUGUAUAGACAGCGUCUAGCUUAACAGCACGUUUAUACCAGUGUGCUUCAUUUUACAGCCAGAAGAAUUUCUAUGUCUAUUUACAUGUUCUGUAUUUUGCAUUGCACAGAAACAACUUGUUGUACUGUAUAAGUAUUUCUUAAAACCGUGAGCAACUCCAUGUAGCACGGGGACGUUUUCAACUGCUCUAACAGAGUUUUGUGUUCCUGCCAGAUGUGAACAUGUGACUUUUAUAACCAGAAUCGCUGCUUUUUAAUGGAAGAUUCUCUGGAUGUGUUUGACGCACACGUGUCGUCUUCUGUGAGCCACUUGGCAAUGCGAUUAGACUUU